AUGGUCAAAGCAGUUGCCGUCCUAAGAGGAGAUGCCGGCGUCGCCGGUCUCGUGCACUUGGAGCAGACCUCCGAGAGUGCCCUAACCACCGUCACCUACGAGGUCACCGGUUUCGAUUCAGACACCGAACACGGGUUCCACAUCCACCAGUUCGGUGACAACACCAACGGGUGCACGUCUGCCGGUCCCCACUUCAACCCUUUCAACAAGACGCACGGUGCCCCUACCGAUGAGAACAGACACGUUGGCGAUCUAGGCAACAUUUUGGCCAACGCCAAGGGUGUUGCCCAGGGCUCCAUGACCGACCAUUUGGUCAAAUUGAUCGGCCCCACCUCUGUGGUUGGCCGUACCGUGGUUGUCCACGCUGGCAGAGACGAUCUUGGCAGAGGCGGUAACGAAGAAUCCCUCAAAACCGGUAAUGCCGGACCCAGACCUGCCUGUGGUGUCAUUGGUAUUUGCACCUAA